ACAACAUAAAUGGAGAAUGAAAACAAUGUAACUGAAUUCAUCCUACUUGGACUUACACAGAACCCAAAGAUGCAGAAAGUAAUAUUCUUGGUGUUUUUACUCAUUUACUUGGUAACUUUGGUGGGUAACUUGCUUAUUGUGGUCACUGUUACCACUAGCCAAGCUCUGAGCUCCCCCAUGUACUUCUUCUUGUGUUUCUUGUCCAUCAUAGAUGGUCUUUGCUCUUCUUCCAUGGCCCCCAAACUGAUAGUUGACUCACUCUCAGAGAAGAAAACCAUCUCCUUCAAUGGCUGCAUGACCCAACUAUUUGCAGAACAUUUCUUUGGUGGUGCUGAAAUCAUCCUGCUAACAGUCAUGGCCUAUGACCGAUAUGUAGCCAUCUGCAAGCCUCUGCACUAUACCACGAUUAUGAGCCAGAAGCUCUGUGGCCUUCUGGUAGGGGUAGCCUGGGCUGGGGGCUUUCUCCAUGCGAUAAUACAGCUUCUCUUCACAGUCUGGUUGCCUUUUUGUGGGCCCAAUGUCAUAGAUCACUUCAUGUGUGACUUGAAUCCUUUACUCAAACUUGUCUGCAUAGAUACCCAUAAUCUUGGCCUAUUUGUUGCAGCAAAUAGUGGUUUGAUCUGUCUGUUAAACUUUCUCCUUUUGAUGGCUUCCUAUGCUGUCAUCCUUAAUUCCUUGAAGACUCAUGGUCUUGAAGGGAGACGCAAAGCCCUCUCAACUUGUACCUCUCACAUCACUGUGGUUAUCUUAUUUUUUGUGCCUUGUAUAUUUGUGUAUCUGAGGCCUGUGGUCAUUCUGCCCAUAGAUAAGGCUGUGGCUGUAUUUUAUACUCUGGUGGCCCCAAUGUUACAUCCCCUGAUUUAUACCCUGAGAAACGCAGAGGUAAAAAAUGCCAUGAGGAAGCUCUGGAGCCAAAGUGUGUCUUCAAGUAAGAAAUAA